AGCUUCCGAGAAGUACGGGAGCACGCUUCGUUCCUCGGGCUCUGAUAGACCGCACUGGCGCUGACCGGAAGAACCGGAAUGUAAUAUAGUCUCGGAACUGGAACUGCUCAAGCUCACGAGAACAUCAAGCUCGAGCACCGCCCAACAUCAUUGUUGUCGUCCAUCAAGAACCGAAAUUGUGUCGCCGACCCGAGCCGGCAUGUCCUGGAAUUUUUGGUCGUCUUGUUCAUUGAGAACAACAACGCAGGAGUGUGGAAGGCCGGCGCGGCUGCGAGGUUGUCCUCUUCGAAGCUCCUGCAGCGGAAAAGUGCGGUCGAAAUCUACUUCGUGCUGCGUUGUAGGUGGAACUGCAACUACCGCCGUGGUCCUCGUAACUGCUUUGCUGAUGGGAAAAAUCUUUAUGGUCGAUGAAGAAGAUGAAUGUGAAACUACAACAUUAAUACCCUCCUUGUCUUUCCCUCUUGUGCGAGCUGCCUCGCCCGGGCGGCCAGGUCGAGAUGAACAAGAACCUUCCGGUCGUUCCGUCCCAACAUCGGUCGCGACAGACCACAAUGAAAACAAGACAGCAGCAUCAAUUACAACGACCAAAACAGCUUGUAGAUCUCGACAUGGAGGACGACCACAACAAGGAGUCGUCGUGGGUUACGAAGAAGGUGAAAUGAUCCCAGCGCCCCCGGCGUCGCACUUGCAGGAGCAUCUUCAAGAAGAAGAGGUGGAGACCACAGCAAGAGAUCAGAGAACGCCCGCGAGGACCAGUAGAAGUACUACCGAAUGUACUAGUACCGAAUGGUUUAAAAAUGUUCGAAGUCGUGGCACAGGCACCACAGCCACAUCUCCCGUUGUCUUGACGGCACAGCUCCUCACCAAGCGAAGCGAGAUGGAAGCGAGGUUGAACGACGACCUGGAAAUAAAAAGAAAUUCCGGCACUUCAUCUAAAAAAUCCGACGAGCAUGAUGAUACCUAUUCCCCCGGCAGCGCAGAACCACGGCAGAGCCAAUUUUUGCAAUCCUUGCAGCGCUCGGUCUCCCAGUCGACCUACCACAGCUGCUAUACAUUGCAAAAAUGUCUGGGUCUGGAAGAUUCUGAGACUUGUCAUGCACGGUUUGCGUGAGCCAUGAUGUCUGUGAUGCAUGCCCUAGCAUCACAGGUUUUCUGAGGGAUUCUUGAUGCCUAUUCUGCAUGACAAAUGCCCCCUCCGCGUAGCAAGAAUUAGACUCCUUUUGCUGCUCAUGCAACACGAAUUUUUUAGACAUCCAAAUGCAGCAGCACAAGUUGCAUUUUUCCAGACCCAGACACUUUUGCAUUUUAGAGCUGCCUCUCCGCGCGAUCCUGUUCGUCAAGGACGUCUUUCAGGGGGAGAGACUCGGCUAGUAAUGACCCAAGCGGACAAGCCGUGAACAAAAUGAAGUCACUUGUCAUGCACAACAAGCCUCGCGUGAUUGGGACCGCCGCCGCGGUCGCGGGCGACAUCGAGGACUUAGCAGACGAGCUCUUUGAAGACCCGAUGGAGCUGCGUCCCAGCAGUGAGCCGGAAGAGGAGGACAUGGACAACCACAAUGUCGAUGGAGAAGAAGGUGAUCUCUUCUUGUUUUCAUCUGAAGACCACAUUUUUAAUGUGACGCGACCAGCCGGCACAGCAGAUAGUCCCGAGGACCACGUUGGUCAACAGCUUGACGACGCUUCCAGUUAUUUCGACCGAACCGAGCAAGAGCGGACAGAGGAUCAGUCGUCGUCCGAAGAGAUGAAGAACUAUGAGAAGCUGAUGCACCAAGUGGAAAAUAGACAGGCUCCUGUGAUGCUGGAGGAGGCUCACACAACGAGCCUGCAGGAGUCCUCGAGGGCCGCGGUUUUUCCUGCUACAACACAUGAAGAUGGGGGCGUAGGAGCGGUGUCGGUCGAGAACCACGACGAGGAUCAGCAACCGCGAGUAGAAGUACGGGCAGGAGAUGAAAACAACAACGAGCCGCGUGCAGCCUCAGCGCACAAACAACAAGUCGAAGACCGCGCUCGUAACGAGGCGGACUUUGGGUUCCUGGUGAAGGGGCUGGAUCAACUGCAUCUGCGGGUGGGAGAUGCGGAGGAUGAUGCAUCCGACCCCUCUGGAGGAGACCAAAUGCACAUUGACAGCCGACCCGAGCGGCCCAUGAUCUUCUCCGGCGCGGAGUCAGAGACCACCACGCGCGUGUCGUCGGGUGCGGGAGGCGGGACGGUCUGUAAUUAUAUUCCGUCCCCGGACGGGGACGGAAAAAACGACACGCCAGUAGUACCUGGGACCGAAGUACUACUAUCCACUGACGACCUGAGCAGUUGUGACGAACACCUCCCGGCGGCCGUGGCAAGUCCAAGUCCUCCCAGGACAACUCCUGCGGGCAGUAGAAGCACAACGGGACCACGACGAGAGGAACAAGGGCAACAAUGUGAAAAUACCGCUAGCGCAUCAACUCAUCUCCCUGGAACAAACUACACAAGCAGCUCCUCUACUUCCCUCACCCGUCGAUCGCGAGUGAGCCAACUGCAGAUUUGUUCUUCGGACCUGGGUUCUAAUAAUUCUAGUGACACAGACACGGGGACGGCCACGGCGAACCAGGGCCACCAGGAGCGGGAACUACAGGAAGAACGCGAGCUCGACCAGGCGGUGCGAAAAGGAACGAGUAGUGUUGAAGAUGUGUUUAAUAAACACGAUCAUACAACAGGUUCUAGUUCUACCUCCACUUCAACCCAGGAAGCAACUACAACCAGCAGAGAUGAAGUUCAUCCGGUUGCAGGAGCAGCUGGUGGGACGGCGUGCAAUAAAACUCUUCUAAACACAUCGAGGACGACGUCCAUGGGGCGUAGUACCGGUGCUGCAGCUCUUACAACUACACCGAGGAACUACUGUAACGCAGAACCUCCUUUUGGGCGGAACAAGAGCCACUGCAACCAUUCGUCCAGCUGCGCGUCCCCGGUCUCCACCGUUCCGACUCCGUCGGACGCUCGGCACCCCCAAGAACCUGCUGGAGGUAGUAGUAACAUCAAUGCAUUAUCUUCAAACAGCAAAUGCAAAAGUAGCAAACUCAACCAAGAAACCAAAUCUGUCUAUCACGGCAGCUGGCAGCGGGUCCCGGGCAAGGGUUGGGUCGGGCGGAAUGCUUUGCUGGGUAAUAAAAACGACGGUAGGGACGAACAAGAUGCGAACUACUUUCUUGCCGGUCAGACUCCGACGCGAUUUAGCUCGCAGCAACGGACCUCGCCGUCGCGCUCGUUGACCAAGAUGUUGACUUCUGCACCGGAACAAAAACAGAACAACGCACUGAAGGAGGACUUGCGCAAACUCCUGGCCUAUGAAAUGCAAAUAUGCCUGGGUCUGCGUAUGGAAGCUUGCGAGAUUUGUCAUGCUUGUCUAGCAUGACCAAAAAGCUCCUUGUGAUGCGUGUCUAAGAAGAGACCCUUUUGCCUGUCAUCCAAAAACGCAGUUUGUCAUGCGAAAAACGCAACAGAAAGAAGCGCAGAUAUUUGUCAUGCUUGCCUGUGCAUUACAGAGUAUCAGUAUUCACUAUUCCCAGCGCAGCAUUACAAGUUUCCAGACCCAGACAUAUUUGCAUUUGAUAUGGCCGCGCAACGGGAAAAAGUGGAUCGCGAGGGCACGACCUACUCCUCGACACCGGCCGUGAGGAAUGUAAACCGAAGACUGGCGUUAUCCUGUCGUGUAAAAACGUUCCCGAACCACAGUUGUCAUGCAGAUUUGCAAUGAGAAUGACAGGGUACAGCAGUACUUGUAAUGCGCAUACCCAAGGGCAAGGGAGGCAUCCCUACCCCCAAUCGUGUUUUGGAAGUUUUAAUGCUAUGUUAAACGUACAGGAUUAUUUAGGAAAUAGCUUUGUGAUCGUCAUCGUCCACGGCUUUGUUCCUUGCUAAGCUGCACUGCAAUACGGCGAAAAUAAACUUGCCAUUUUUGCAUCCCAAAACUUCUCAACCUGUAUUCUUCCAGAGAUUUUCCCAGCCAUCAUUGACUAUGGGGGGUCAUGGGGACGUUGUUACUCAGGAUAGGCGGGGGCGGGGUUUGCGGUGCCGGUGAACGGCGUUCUUGCUGGGAAUACCUCGGAUUCGUCCAGUGAAUACGAAACAGAUUACUCCGGCGAGGAGGAUAUUGAUCCGAACGCCGGAGGGAAAACCGCGGUAGGUGCAGGAAACCACCCGCACACGACUGCCUAG